AGUUCAACGCACGGGCUCACGCUAGUCGCUCGCGUCUUGUUUUUUAAUCGCUAUCACGCGAUAGUAAUCGUGUUAUAUAUCGAUUCAAUAUGAACAUAAUCUCACUGACAGUAUAUACGUUGGAACAUAAUUGUUAUGUAGUGUACACCGCGUUGUUUGUGUGUUUCGCUGUGUUCACUGUGUUUCACAAAAAGAGGAUUGAAGCUAACUUCAGGAGGACUGCUGUUAGAAAAUGUUUGCCGCCGAAAUCAUAUAGCGGGAGAGAACGAGACUUCCAAGACGACGGAGAUGAUGAAGAUGACGUCCUGCUACCAGCUAUUCCAGAGGACACUCCUCACAUACCGUACACCGCUCCCAAGAGGACUGAUGACGAAAUUCUCAAGAGAUCCCGGGAGUAUUACGAGCUCAUGGCACAGAGGAGGACCGUGAGAUCCUUCAGCCCAGAACCGAUUCCUAAUGAAGUCCUGGACAAUAUCAUAAAAACUGCAGGAACCUCACCAUCUGGCGCUCACACAGAACCUUGGACCUUUAUAGUAGUCCAAGAUCCCGAAACAAAAGAAGCCAUAAGAACAAUAGUUGAAGAAGAAGAAGAAAAGAAUUACGCUCAAAGAAUGUCCAGGCAGUGGGUGACAGACUUAAAACCCUUUGCAACGAAGCCUAUAAAACCAUACUUGACAGAUGCGCCUGCGAUGAUCUUGGUGUUUAGACAGACGUAUUCUUGGAGACCAGAUGGGAAGAAGAAGAUGCACUAUUACAGUGAAGUCAGCGUGGCUAUAGCUGCUGGGAUAUUAUUGGCUACAAUUCAGUACUGUGGGCUGGUGGCACUCACAUCCACUCCAUUAAAUUGCAACUCGCGGCUUCGAGACCUGCUCUCGCGACCCACAAACGAAAGAUUGGAACUCCUGCUCCCAGUCGGAAGGCCACACCCCGAAGCCAAAGUGCCGGACAUUCAGCGAAAGAACCUGGAUGAAAUUAUGAUCAAGAUCUGAGAAAGGCAGUGCUAGUUUUUCUAUAAGACUUGUGCCUUUGUGAAUCUGUAACCUAUUGGGUUAAAAUCCAUGACUGUUUAAGACUAAGUGCUUUUCUGUUAGCUAAUUUCUAGCUACAUUUUCUAAUUAAAAACCAAAAUGUCUAAAA